AUGGACUGGAACUCGAUCCAAAACCAGGUCUCCAACCUUACCCUGUACGAUCUAAAAGCCGGUGUGCGAAAGAUCCAGAACCAGGUCAUGAAUUACACCGAGAUGGAGAGCAAGGUCAGGGAGGCGACGAACAAUGAGCCCUGGGGUGCUUCUUCCACGCUCAUGCAGGAGAUCGCCAAUGGAACGUUCAACUACCAGCUGUUGAACGAGAUCAUGCCGAUGAUCUACAAACGCUUCACCGAAAAGUCCGCCGAAGAAUGGCGCCAAAUCUACAAAGCCCUCCAGCUCAUGGAGUUCCUGGUCAAGAACGGCUCCGAGCGCGUGAUCGACGACUGUCGAUCACAUCUCAGCCUGCUCAAGAUGCUCCGUCAAUUCCAUUUCAUCGACCAGAACGGCAAGGACCAGGGCAUCAAUGUGCGAAACAGGAGCAAGGAGCUCACGGAUCUUCUGUCGGAUGUCGAGAAGAUCCGGACGGAGCGGAAGAAGGCGAGGGCGACGAGGAACAAAUACACCGGCGUGGAGGGAGGCGCUACGUUCGGCCUUGGUGGGUCCGGGUCUUCGUCGCGGUAUGGUGGUUUCGGGAGUGAGACUGCUGGUGUUAGUGCAGGGUACGGAGGCUCGACAAGAGGUGUAUACGGCGACGGCGGUGGGUUCGGCGGUGAGACGCACGACGAAUACGAUGAAGGUGGUCGAAGGGGAGGCGCGGACAGAUUCGACGAGUACGACGAGUACGAUGAUGGUGGAGCUACAGCACCCACCAGCAGGCGAAAGACAGAGACAACUCGAAGCUCGCGCGCGACUCCGAAGAAAGCCGAACCUCCAAAGCCCAAAGAGCCCGAGGUAGACUUGUUCGAAUUCGGAGACGACGACCCGCCUGCCGCAGCUGCCCCUAUUCCAGCCCCCUCAAACGGAGCAUCUUCGGCCAUCCUCUCGCCGCCUGCCUCAAGUGCAGCCAUUGGCGACGAGGAUGACUUUGACGACUUCCAAUCAGCCACUCCAUCCACCACAGCGCCGCCUCCCAUGGCCAAGCCCUCCAUCCCAGCACCAAACUACAACAUCUCAACAGCGACGCCUUCAUCGGCGACCCAGUUCGCCCAGCCAACACCACAAGCUGGCACGCAGAAAGCAGACUUCAGCAACCUCUUCUCCACCAAAUCUCCGCCCAUGAGCAAUACGACCACACCCUCCAAUAUGUCCGCCUUUUCGCCACCCGCACAAUCUAAGCCGACCGGCUACCAGCCCUCCGGACCGAACUACUUUACGUCCGUGCAAGUGCAGCCAGGCCAGCCACAGUCGAUUGGUACACCCGGUAGCGUCACAUCGCCUACCGCAGGCGGAGCUGCAGCUGGCAAGAAGCCUGCUAGCGGCGACGCCUUCGCUUCUCUGCUCGGUGGAGGCGCGAAGAAGUCCGCCACACCCACUCAGAAGGGAUUGACGAUGGCCGACAUGGCUAAGCAGAAAAGCCAGGCUGGGCUGUAUGGAGCCCCUGCGGCGCCCGCAGCCUUUCCACAGCAGGGCAAUGGGACAAAGCCGAGCACUGGGAGUAGCGGGCUCGAUGACCUGCUGGGUUGA